AUGCAGGGCCGACCCACCAGCACCAAACCCAUCGCCAGUAUCUUUGCCUGGACCAGAGGGCUGGAACACCGAGGCAAACUGGAUGGAAACCCAGACCUCAUCAAGUUCUCCCAGACUCUGGAGAGGGUGUGUGUGGAGAUCGUGGAGAGUGGUGUGAUGACCAAGGACCUGGCCGGCUGCCGACUACACGCCCUUGCCAACUGCAAGCUGAAUGAACAUUACGUCAACACAUCCGACUUUCUGGACGCCAUCAGAACCAACCUGGGCAAGUGAAGAGGAGGACAACACCACCACCACAAAACAAACUAACUUAG